ACGGUCGUUUUAUUUUUGAUGAAAGGGAAAAAUCAGAGUUCGUGUUUCUUGUGGAUGUACCUGGUACAGGUACUGGUUACUGUUUCGUCUUUCCAGGCUAUCCCAGUGAGGCUUGAGCUUGAAAAGCUGCAAGCAGGUUGGAAGAAUGUCCCCGCUGCAGUAGCUCGUAAUAGUAAGUCUGUGAUAUGGCGUCAGGGUCAGUGAGAUUCACCGUGCAGGAAGCUGAGGAUCCAGCUGCUGAACUUGAGGUGGAGUUGCGAAACACAGGCGCCUCGUUGACGUCGUAUGGCUCUAUUCAUGGCGAGAAUAAGGAUACAGGCUCUAUCAAGUCCGGGGUAACUGGCCAGCCGUAUAACAAUCUAUCAGACAUCGAACGAGAUGCAGAGCCAUAUCAGGUGGCAGACUGCAACCUGGCAUUGUUUGAGAAUGAAAUCACGAGCCGUCCCAAGAUUUCCUCUUUGCUGUCUCGCUUGGCCAACUCGGAGUAUGUCCCCAAUAGCGAUGGAAGCGAAACCGAGACGGCUUUGCAGAAAUCUCAAUUGCAAGAUCAGAGCAAUAAGAUGGGCACGCUGAUGGGCGUCUAUCUGCCGUGUCUUCAAAAUAUCCUCGGUGUCAUUCUAUUCCUGCGGCUGACAUGGAUUGUGGGUGUAGCAGGUACUGGCCUGUCUUUCCUCAUCGUCUUCAUCUGCUGCACAUGUACCCUGUUGACUGCCAUUUCAAUGAGUGCUAUCGCCACCAACGGCCGAGUACCAGCUGGCGGUUCCUACUAUAUGAUCUCAAGAGCGUUAGGUCCAGAGUUUGGUGGUGCUGUUGGUGUUCUUUUCUACCUGGGGACGACGUUUGCCUCCUCACUGUAUAUCCUUGGUGCUGUUGAGCUGCUUCUGGUGAGUACGACCUAUGCGUAUGGCUGUGUAUGGUGGAAGUGCGGCUGGAUCUUCUGGGAGCAUCUCACUCCCUCUCUCUCU